GCCUCUUCAGCUCAUCGAAAGCCAGCGUGUCAUAUCGGCUCUGAUUCUUAUUUUCCCCAGAGCCGAAGAUAGCGAACGCACGGAUGUUGUAACCCUUGUCAACAUCAUCAUCGGAAUAAUUUAGCGUGUGAAGGCUUGUCCAUUUUCUUUCCACCUCUCACUCUCCCCCUCGCUACUGCUGCUAUAUUUGUUUAGCCCACUCUGCCCUCUUCCGGAAGCACAAUUUCUUUCAUUCGAGGAGUUCUUGACCGGCUUAGUGGGGAAAAAGUAACUUUGGCUUUGAGUCGGGGGAGGUUAAAAGGAACGAAGUUCCAAGUCACAGGACGUGAUACAAUUUUUGCAAGUACAGUACUGUACCGGUACCCUUUCCCCUUCACUCCCGGCGCUGUACCGAAGAGCGGUGGCAACCGUUUGUUAAGAUACAGCGGAGAAUAUUCCCGUCCGUUCACCUUAGUCUAAUAAAUAGCGAAGAGCCGCCUUUCACAGAAGCUUCUGUUUUUCCCCACUUGCUGCUUUUCCUUUCUUUUCUUUUUUGCUUUUUCUCUUUCCAUCUGGCUUUGGUGCCAGCUGCGUCUGUUCUCACAUUCAUCCUUCUUUCCUUUCAUACCCGCUGCGCUGCUUACAACUCCACCCCUCUUCUCCCCACGCGCUCACGUCACGGAUAUCGUAUUUGUCACAGUUGCUAAAGAAACCGGAAAUCUGGUAAGUUUUUCUUGAUCUUAGCCCUUUCUUCAUUGUUGUUUGAGUCUUCGAUGUGAUUCACUGUCAGCAUAGUUUUGUGGUUGGUGAGAUGUAACUUUUUUUUUUCUUCUUUUCUUCCCUCUCGUCUCGCUUGACUUAUGCCUUGGCUGGUCUGGGGCUGUUGGUCAGGCGUUUAUUCGUUGGUGUGAAUUUGUCGGUUUCAGAUCGCGGCUCCCUGAAGGGGGCAAACUCGCUGCUGACAUCCACAAUAAUUUUUUCGUGCCCGUGUUAUUUUCUCCUUCCUUCUUUUUCUCACGCUAUCGCCUUCCCUUUCUGUUCUGCUCAGCCCUUUAUGAGCAGACCCUACACCGCUCUUUCUCACCUCUCCCCUCUUAUCAUCAGUCUUCCUCUCGAUCAAGUACUAAGGGCCAGCCGUCUGAAAAGAAUAGUCACACUCCGUCUGCAGCUCAGCAAACAAACCCCUGCAUUUACCCCUCCCAGCGGAAUAUUUACCCCUCGCCUCCCCACCACUUCUGGAAAACAUUCAUAAAACACUCGCAUCUUAAAGAAAAAAAAGGGGGAGGGUGUCAUGACGUCCGUUCUACCAGCUGCAGCUCCAAGCGUGCAGAGCGCUCCCAUAUCGCAGACGCAUCCCUUCACCUGUAAUACAUGUCAAGUCGCUUUUCGCAAUCAUGAUCAGCAGCGCAUUCACUACCAUACCGACUGGCAGUAUGUAUACUCUUUUGGUGGCGAGUUUUGUGCGUGAGAGUAUCAAUUAGCUAAACCGUGACAUAGCCAGUACAAUUUGAAGCGAAAGAUUGCUGUUCUUCCGCCACUCUCCUCCGAAACGUUCGCCGAAAAAGUCCUGACGGCUCAGGCUUCGACACGACUGGAACGGGAACGCGCUUCUUUCGAGAAGAUCUGUAAGGCAUGUAAUAAGACGUAUUAUUCUGAAAAUGCUUACGCGAACCACGUGGGAUCCCAGCGGCAUCGACAGAACGUUACAAACUUGGACUUGAGCGCUCUCCGGGCAGGUGGAGGCAACGGGGGAUCCCGAGUCAACGAGAAGGACGAAACCGGCAGUGUUAUCAGCAGCACGUUUUCGCUUGGGGAGCCGGUUGAGGUGUCGGAGAAGGAUAAGGAACAGGAAAAGGUGAUUUCUGACGCGGAGUUCGCGGGGAUGAUACAAACCUUGAGGGUUGCCGAGGGGGCUGGGAAUGGAUCUUCUGGAUCUUCGACGAAAACCGUCACCUUGCCCUCAAAUGGAGAUGCACCUAAGGCCGCUACCGAAAAGUUGGAGGAUUUACCACAGUUGUCGAUUGAGGCGUGCUUAUUUUGCACAUACGUGUCCCCGUCGUUGCUGCUUAAUGUGUCACACAUGACUAAGGCGCAUGGCCUAUUUAUUCCGGAGCAGAGUUUCCUUGCCGAUAUGGAAGGCCUGAUCCAGUAUCUUGGUCAGAAACUCGUGCUCGGAAAUCAGUGUCUGUAUUGCAAUAAGACUAAGGGGGGUCUCGAGGGAAUAAGAACACAUAUGAGAGAUAAGGGCCACAUCAUGCUCGGCUUCGAAACAGAAUCACAGCAAAUCGAGUUGGGUCAGUUCUAUGACUUCACGUCCACGUAUAGUGACGUCUCGGGUGACGAGGCCACCGGAGAACCUAGUAAACGCGGACUGAAGGCUCCAGUUCUCAUCCGGAAGGAAGGUGGACUGGAAGAUGAAGGUUGGGAAGGAGCGGAUGAUGGCGAAGGAUGGGAGACCGAUUCUAGUGCUAGUUCUCUGGAUUCCCAAGACCUUUGUGCUGUCCCUCUCGACCUUAAGGGCCAUCACCACAAGAAACACUCGGAAGCUAGACACCACAUGACCGACGGCUGGCAUUCACAUGCUCACUCCCAUGCACAUUCCCAUGCGGUCUACCAUGACGACUACGAGUUGCAUCUUCCCUCUGGACGCUCCGUUGGUCACCGUUCCCUCGCCCGCUACUAUAGACAGAAUCUCCGCGAUCAUCCUCUUCAAACUCGCGAGGUCCGUCGCAUCGCUGACACACAGUAUCCUCACUCUGAUGGUACGGAAGUAGUCUCUGAUGACGAUGAUGAGGAGGGCGGUGUCAUUGUCGAUGCUCGGGAAGGGCGCCGCAGAAACGCUAUUAUCCGUGCGAACGGUGGCCAGGGCAUGCUUGGCGUCUCUUUGGCUAAGAAGCGCGAAGUCCACGAGCAGGAAAAGCGUUCUAGAGAUGUUGAGAAUCGUGGACGCAGAAGGCAGGAGUGGGGUGUCAACCGCAAGGCGAACAUGCAGAAGCAUUAUAGAGAUCCACUGUUACAGUAGUUUUUCUCUCUUGUCUGGUCUGUGGCGGAGGUUUCUAUUCUGAUACAUAUUACCGUUGCUACAUUUUUUUGCUACUUUUUACUUUUUUCUGAUUUCUGUCGGGGGUGAGGUUGUUGCAUGUUUACUUUGUUUUAGUCCUUGUAUAACUGGCUGAUUGUUUCUUUCACGGUGGAGAAGUUUCGUUUUGUUGAUUUCUUUUUUUCUGGUGUCAUCCGGGACGAGUUGGGGGUUGGGUUGGGCUGACGAAUGACUGGAUAGUUUGUGAAAGGAAGGUUGGGCGAUUGAAUGGGAUAUGAAAUGAUAAAGCAUUAUGAUGCUGAUGAUGGCUACGGCACUUUGUCUGUUUUAUCGGUGCAAUGUUUUUUUGCUAAUUCUUGUUGACGUUGGCGUGAUAUCACAUCUUUGGGCGCUUCAAAAAUUGGUGUGCUGAUUGUAGUUGUGGAUGAAGAAUUAGGUUUCAUGAGAUGUCACUCGGUGGGUCAUUUACCUGAUAUGUAAGUUUGAGUUUCUGGGGGUGGAAAGGCUGUGGCAGUGUGCCUAAUGAGGGUAUAGUUGGCAGCUCGAUUCUGCCACAUCUCAAUGUGUUGAUUUCGGUGAUCUUUUUCCCGCGGCUUCUGUUCUGUUUGGGGUGGAUAGUAGUUUGAUAGGGUUGCUGAAUAGACCAAAGCGAUUUCUCU